GACGGCACUGACGGCCGCGGGACUCCCGCACUGUGACCGCCACCGCCCGCCCGCCGGCACCAGGGCCCGAGGGCACCAUGACCCUGCUCAAGCUGUCCCUCAUGGCCUUCAGCUUCGUCUUCUGGGCAGCAGGGCUGACCAUGCUCAUCAUCGGCCUCUGGGCCAAGGUGUCUCUGGGCAGCUACCUAGCACUGUCGGCCAGCGACUAUCCUAGCGCCCCCGCCAUCCUCUUAGCCACCGGCGCCGCCGUCAUCAUCUGGGGCUUCCUGGGAUGCUUCGGCGCCGCCACGGAGCACCGGGGGCUCCUGCGCGCCUACAGCGCGUUCCUGACGGCCGUGCUGGCGGCCGGGCUGGCGGCCGGGCUCUCCGCGCUGCUGUACCGCCAGACCCUGGCGCAGGGCUUCCAGGACGGGCUGCGCCAGGCGCUGCUGGCAUAUGGGGAAGACGAGAGGGUGGCGGACAGCCUGGACGCGCUGCAGCGCGCCUUGUCCUGCUGCGGGGUGCUCAGCUACCGCGACUGGCUCGCCUCGCCCUGGGGGCUGGAGCAGAACGGGUCGGUGCCGCUCAGCUGCUGCCGGGCCCGCCGGGGUUGCCAGCGCAGCCCUCCCGACCCUCGCAGGCUGCACCGCGACGGCUGCUUCGCCAAGGUGUCGGCCUUCGUCGGCAGCAACAUGUCUUACGUUGCCACCGCUGCCCUGGGGCUGGCACUGCUGCAGCUCAUCGGCAUUGUGCUGGCCUGCUUGCUGGCUGCCCGCGUCUCUGCAGGCCUGCUGGGCACCACCACCCCUCGCUGAGAUCACCCCACUCCUGCCCCUUGUCCCUUCCAGCUCCCUUCUUUCCCCCAGAACUGAGUGCACCCUACUGGGAAAAUCCACUUCCUUCUGAGCAUCCUCCUCCAGGCUCCAUUUCUCCUCUGGAGCCCAUGUCAGGUGUGUGUCAGCGCUAUGGGCAUCUCCACAGCCCUUCGGAAGGGAAGGUGCUGGGAAGGCACCUCCUGGCCUGGCCGUGUCCUACUGCUCCACUGGAGCCUCUGGACUGUUUCUGCAGAGAGUGGUGGCAGCAUGGACAGACAUCACUCUCUGGGGCAGCAGGGACACCUGGGGCAAGGCUGACUGGUUUUCUGGGUGAUGUAAAUACCCAAGACACUGAAAUGUGGGCCGGGAAAGAGGAGAGGGUUUGGAAGAGCAAGAGAGGUGUCUCUCAACAUUACACCAUAUGAGUACUCCUCUGAGAUGAGGAAAAUGAUGUUACUGGAAAACUGCUGGAGUACACGAGGGGCAGGUCUGGUCCAGGGGCAUCCAGGUAGCCAUGCCAGAAACUGACACUGGGAGCUGCUUGAGGGACUGUCCGGCGUCAUGCACCCCAUUACCGCCAAGAUUUUCCACCUUUGCUAUGAGGGGAUUCAAGCUGCCAUGGGUGGUUUUCCCGCUGUGGUGUAUUCAAUGCUCAUCUCGAUCUAAAGGUGGAGCUACAGUUCCGUUACUCCCUCCUUCAGGAUGUGCCUGUCCUCUUAGCCAGUGCGGCACCAGUUAUAUCUUUGCAGGGAUGCAAAGACCUUAAAUGCAGGUCCCUGCCAUUCAAGAAGAUGGCAAAAGCUGUAGGAUCAUAUCUGACGAGGGAUGGCAAGAGAAGGGAAGGGCUCCUUGCCCUUCAGAAGUUUCUUUUGGACUUUUGCAGUGAACUUCAGGCACAAAGACAUGCCCUUCUUACCCAGCAAACUAGGGAGGAAAGAUGUCAGAAGGGAACCAAGAACCACAAAGGAACUCCAGGAUGUGGCAUCUUUUAGGAACAUGACUAGCAAAGCUGUGAAAAAUGGGCAAAUGCCAACAAAUACAAGCAGGGCAAGAAAUCUUAAGUGAAAAAGAUGACUGAUAGCUUCAUGGGAGGAAUGGUGUAACCUUGGGGAAAAGGGGAUUGACAGAGUCCCUUUCUUCAGAUAUUAGGUGGCUGUUUAGCUAUGAAAAUCACGUUCUAGAUAAAGAGUGCAAUGUGAACAGCCUUCUGAGUUGUUUGGAUAUUCGUCUGUACAGCUGAACCCUAGAAAUGUGUUGGAAAUCUCUCUUCAUAGAGAAAACAAUGCUUCAUUUUUAGGGCUGAUGUUUAUUGUUUAUUAUUUACAUAAUGUAUUUUUUAUUUUUGUUUGUAAA